CUUUCCAGAAGUGAAGACAAAAGCGAGACAGAACAUCAUCGCCGCAUUCAUCCGUAAUUUCGUAUAUGUAUUUUAUACGGCCUCUUCAUCUCUCUGCCUCUCUCUAUCUGUUUAUCAAGCACAGAAGAAGAAAAACGACGAAGAAGCCGGCGCAGGAAGCUAGUUCAGGGAUCCCGAGGUCCGCAUUUACCAAUUUGCCCACAUUAACUGCAAAGAUAACCCCAAUUGAAUUCCAGUCGCACGCUUCCCAAUUUCUCUUCUCUCCCUCAGCGAUCAAUCACCUCAUGCAUUUAUUCCUUCCUUCAGCCAUUCUUUAAUGGCCUCUUGACAAGCUGCAACUGUUUCCUUUUCCGAAUUUAGUCAUCUUUGUCCGUGAAGGAUAAGUAUUUGGGGGCGAUGGUGAAAUUUUGAGAGCUAAGGUCGGGAAUUGUAGUGUCAUUUUGAAGUUGAUGGGGAGCCGCUGUGUGUUUCCCUUGACGAGCUUGCAAAUCGGGGAUUUGCAAUCUUAUCUUUCACAUCUUAACCUUUUCCUAGCCCGUGAGAGUAAUAAAAUUUACAUAUUAGUCGACAAUCGGCCAUGGUUGGAAGAUCUAAUCUCCCGUCCUGCACACUUAUGGCAGCUAAUGGUCACUAAGUCCAGGAUGUCCCCUUUUGCUAAUACUAGAGGCCGGAAGGGAAAGCAUGGUGCUGAAAAUAUGCAAGGAAUGCAAGCUAGUCCUGGAUCAAGUACACUUAAAUCUGAAAAGAUUCAAAGAUGGUUUUCUUUGGUUGAUGCUGCAACUGUAUCUAGGAGAAGGGCACUUUUACCUGUUGAGAAAUUGAGGAAUUCUUUAUUAUUGAAUAGCAAACUCCACAGGACCUUAUAUGGGUUCAUUGUUUUUGAAGUUUCUUGGGAUGAUGUCCGUGGUCUAAAUUAUUUAAAUGAGCUCCAGACAGAUACAUCACUUGCUAUAGAGGCCAAAUUCAUGACGAGAUGGGAAUUUGAUAGUGCAUCACAAGCUGCCAGAUGCAUACAUUCAUGGUUCCCAGGGACCCACGCUGAGCAAAGUAUUUUGAGAGAAUACCUGGACUCUACAAUUGGAGAAGUGUUUUACGAUGCUGAAGAAAAUUUUUUGUGCACUAGUGAUGGUACAAAUUUGACUUUGUCCUCAGAAACAAUAGAAAACAACCCAUUCUGUACACCGCCGCCUCCGGCCGGACCUCAUAAGAAAAGAAAAGUUUUCAAAUCUUGCACUAGAAGAUCAGGCCCAUUUUCUGAAAAAUCGUUUUGUGAAACUAUUGAAUCCACUCAUGGUUCACAGACUAAUUAUUAUUCAAGUGAAAGUGAGGAUGUAGUCGAAGCUACACAGUACAAGGAUGUUUUGAUUCUGUUUCGGUUUAACGAUUGUGAACUCCCUUUUAAAUUGAAGGACCUCAUCAUGUCAGAUUUGCGGCUUCUUACUCUUCUAGAGUGUGGGCUUCCAUCUUGGGCUAUUUUCCUUCAGUCUUACCCUGGAUUUUGCCGCCUUUAUCGUCCAUGGAUGUGUCCUCUGGCAAGAUUUUUAUAUGUGAUAAUCUCAGUAAUAACUGUUCUUAUUGGAUUUUAUGAUCUUUAUAAAAACGUACCUCUUCUCAAAGCGACAGCAUCACACUUAUUUGGACCCCUUUUUGAUUGGAUUGAAACGUGGGAAAUGAUUUCGAGGAUAAAGUACUUGGGCACGAUGUUGUUUCUUCACAAUUUUCAGAAGGCUGUUAAAUGGUUUUUCAUGAUGGCACGUACGGUUCAGUCAUUUUUUGCAAUUUUCACACGGCCAAUAUUGGAACCAUUACUUGAGGGGUUAGACUUCUUUCUUCCUUUCUGGAGCAUGUGUACAGAACUCAUUGGGGGAUGUUUGUCAAUAAUAUGGAUGGCAUUGGAGAGUUCCUGCAGUCUGGUAGCGGAAUUUCUUCAAAUCAUUUUUUUGCCAUGUUGGUGUCUUCUUUCUUUUUUCUGGAACACUGUAAUGUUCUUGUUAAACCACGUGUUUUGGUUUAUAUGGGAAAUACUCUAUUUCCCCAUCCGUUUGGUCCUUGGAUUAUACAGUCUUGUAGCUGGGGUGUGCAUUUUUACAUAUAGUGUGGUUCGAGACUUGUGGGUUUUUUUUAGUAGCCUUCUCCAGUUCACUUCAGAGGUGGAGUCAACGGUGACUUCUUAUGAAGCUUCAAUGUGGCAUUCUCUUUGGAAUGACCUUUUCUCCCAGAUCUUUCGAGCUGUUCGGAGCAUUCUUAAUGGUUUUGUUGCUUUCUUCACAACCUGCAAUAGGCAUCGGCUGAGCAUUUAUAAUCAUGUACAAGGAUUUACAAAAAAACUACGUCGCCCUGCAAAGAGUUUAUCUACCAAAGACUAUAGCAACAGAAGAAAAAUAUCACUCGCUCAAAGGAUGUUAGAAGAUGGAGAAGUGUCUAAAGGCGAAAGGAAAUUAAGAAAGGUUAAGAUACGAUGAUGUGAUGGCAAAGCUUGCAAUGUACAUAAUCUAACUGACGGUAAAUUGUAGAAUAGAUGCAGAGUUGUAAAUAAUAGUUCCAAAUGUGUCGAUAUUAUUAAUCUAUCAUUUAUGUUUGUAUAACCUGUUCUUUAAAAGAAUUAGUUGAAACCUUUAUUUCAGCUAAAUAAUGAAUAUUGAAAUGUUAUGAAUUUAAUGCUUCUUUUACUCAGUUA